AUGCCGGUAAAUAGGCGGAUCGCUUUCUUUCAGACCGAUCUACUCCGUCCAGUUUCCGUUCGGCCAACGGAAUGUGGUAGGAAACGGUGGUCAGCCAACUGUGCAUUGUCCGUGUUGCCAGAACUUGAAAUGAUGAGCUCAAACGAUUCACUGAUUGGUGGCCGAAGAGAGCAUAGCGACGAAGUUAUGCAGCGGGCAUCCGAUGUUCCAUUUCAUCGGGCCAAUUUGUUCCCAUCAAGUUUAGCACUUGUCCAAUUGCUCGGCGAUCGUUUCAUAGACAUUUUAGUUCCUGUUUUGGAAUCUGAAAUACAGGAGAGCGUGCAUCCAUCAUCGAAUGCUACAACCACCAAAAGAGAUGACGUUGGUUGUCAUCAUGCUCAACCGCGUGUGAUUCCGCAAGGAGGCAUACCUAUACAAGGACAAGUUCUUGUUGAUCCAGCGACUGGACAGCACUAUAUCGUUCCACAGACACCGUUUUUUCCUCCAACAGUGCAGACGAUGUACUUCCAUCAUCCACCAGCCGUUUAUUAUCCGUAUGGUCAAGUUCCACCACAAGGUUAUGUGAUGCAGUCGAACACCUCGCAGGCGCAGUAUUCUGUUCCAAUAGCUACUUAUCAGCAGUUACCUUACGGUUUUCGUCCUGGUUACGCUCCAUCAACAAACUCUCCGGAGGAUAGGCGAGACGAUGAUAGGAGACUUGAAGAUCCUCCACCGUCAUCACCAUCUGUGUCUAUGGCGACACAGUCCACAUUUUUUGGAGGCAUGCGUAGUUGCACUUCGACGCUUUCAGUUGCUCAGCAACAUCGGCGAGACAUUACUCGGCCAAAUUCAGACUUCCAGCGGAUUCCUGAUGAGUUUCAUCAUAGGCAAGGAAGCAGUGAAUUUGGUCGAUCAACUGAAAGCUUCAGUCAUACCGGAGGUGGUGAUGGCUUCAGAAUUGCCGAACGAACUCCUCUUUAUGGAGGGCCACCACAGUGGUGGGGUCGUCAACGCGAUGAUCAUGCGGGCUCACUGGCUGAAGUGGGAAGUCCUCGACCUCAGCAUCUUGCCUCUGCACAAAACACUACAGUUUGCGAGCCGGAGUCGUCGCGAAGUCGACAGACGCCUGCAAAAGCCGUAAGGAUGGACAUCGACUUCAGCAAAAUCGACGAAAGUGAAGCACCGAGACCGAGAGCACAUAUGUCGCGGUCCAUUCGAAUGGAUAUAGAUCUCAGCAAGCUCCCAGACGAUAACAAAAUGGCUGAGAAAAGAGGUCCACAGCGUGCUUCUGCGACAGCUUUUACGGUCAAUUUCGAUCCUACAACCGAAGGAGUUUCGUUACAAGAUGCGGCAAGAAAAUCGGCACAGGCUCGUCGGAUUUUGGGUCGUCGCUCUGCUGGAGGGUCGGUUUCUUCCUCAGCAAGCCAGAAAGAUCGUGAAAGUCGUUCUACUGAGCUUCCAGAAUCGCAUUCAUCUAAUAAGCGUUACCUUCUAAACAAGUUACUAGAAGGAGAAGGUCAUAAAGUAGACGAGACGUGUAUACACGGGCCAGAGCAUGAUGAACGCAAGGAAAAUGACGUUUCAAGUGAGGCCGGUACCUACGUUGUUGGUAGGACGAAAAUCUGCAGUCAAACAGUUGACAAGCAAGUACAUCAGAGGAAUUUGGGGCUGGCCUCAAGCGGGUCGGAUGGAUCGCCCGUUCCUCGUCAGAAAGCGCUAGUUUCUCCAACGAAGCCAUGUACAAGUGCACGGAAAGUGAACACUAAGUCAGAAAGUAACACUACUAAUCGAGCGUCCAGUAGUGUCGCACGACCAUCUAGGCCUUGCGAGAGUUCGCGUCCCGAAGCAACAACGCCAUCCCAGCAGCUUCGUCCAAGUACUGGGAGGGCUUCACUUGGUACUCAACAGUCAAAUAGAGCUGUGGUACGAGCUGGCUCUGGAACCAAUACACAGCAAUUAAGGCGAGGCGAUGGCGGUCGAUACUCUAUGCGGGGUAAUACUCCAGGAGUGACAUCACCAGCUCCACAAAACUAUGCUAGAAAACCUCCUUUCAGAGCUGGCGCUGCCCCUUUACGAGUAGGAGGUAUUAACUCUUCGCAACAGAAAGUGCAGGAAAUGAAUGCGUGGUUGCGCAGGAAAGACUAUAACCCUAUGAAGGCGGCCGCGGAGGCCAGAAAGGCUAAGGAAUUGAAAGCAAGCCAGGCAAAUCUUUCUAUAUCAAAUAACAGCGGAGCGGAACGGUACUGUUAUAGGGAAGAACAAUUCGUAUCAAAUCGUUCUAUGUCUUUCCAUGUCGGACCUGUUAUGCCAAAGGCAAGAAUGGGGUUCAUGGAGAUCACACGAAACCGUUCGCAAGAAUCGCUAGCUGUUGAAGAGGCAGAACAUGCCAGUCAGCGGGUUUUAGCGGAAUAUUCACGUGGUGUUGUUCAAGACAUUUCGCGUCUCUCUCAACAAAGUAGUCAAGCCACUGGAAAGCAACUUAGCGGGCUGGCUCAUACUGUUGACUUGUUAUCACAAAAAUGUAAGAAGAGCAUAGAACUGAUUCGAUCUCAAAACAAAGGGUGUCUCUCUGUUUCCGUGGAAGACCUUCUGGCAACAGCGGCGGAACCAGCUCGUAAAGGUGAAACGCUUAAUGAACAAUUGGAUAGGCUUUCAGAUGCAUUCGAUGCUGUGCAAAGGUACCUUGAGCAAUACUCAUUAGAUGGACAUGAGUCACCAAUCCCCGAUUUCACAGAUGACGCAUCCGAAAUCCAAUCAUCAGCAAGCUCUUUAUAUAUGCAAAAAGCACAUGCUCAGCAGGAGGUGUCACCAAACCGGGCUCGGUCUGCGCUUCGAUCACUGGGAGCUUCCGCUCCCUUUUCUGCUACACACAGUUAA